UCAGUCGUUUUGUCUCUCCUUCAGGUCCAUCACCACAUCUUACUACCGUAACUCUGUUGGGGGACUGCUAGUCUUUGACCUCACUAACCGCAAGACCUUUGACCACGUCAAAGAAUGGCAUAAGGAGGUGAGUGAGCACAUCCUGCCUCACCACAUGGUCUAUAUCCUCAUCGGCCACAAGAGCGACCUCCAGAAGGACCGCAAGGUGAGCCGGGAUGAAGCGGAGCAGCUGGCUGCUGAGCUGGGGAUCCGCUACAUCGAGACGUCGGCUAAAUGCAACAGCAACGUGGACCGCGCCUUCGAGCUGCUGACCAGAGAUAUCUACGAGCUCAUGAAGAUGGGCGAGAUUGUUACCCGCGAUGGUUGGGAUGGUGUGAAAAGUGGCCUCACUGCUAAGGUCCUCUACCCUGGUGAUGAAGAAGAGGAACUCACCACUGCUUCGGCUGAGAAGGGCUGCCAUUGCUAACUCUAUAAACUCUUCCUACUGAGGGACCCCCCCCACCAUGUCACAGCUGUCCGUGAUAACCUGCACCCUGUGGUCGCUCUUCUUUUCCUCCUUUGCAGAUUGUGCACUUGUCAGUCUCAUUGCAGGUGGGAUCUAAUAAUCCAUGCAGUGAAGCAGCUAAACCCAAGGUUAAACAAACAGAAACCACUCCUUUGCCCUCUCACUGCAGAAGCAAAUGAACAUUUGCCAUCUGGUGAUGAUGAAAUACCCCCACUGCAAUAUGGUCCAUUCCCUCCUAUUGGUGUUAGCACUGAUGCCAGACCGCUUCAGAACUUUAACUGGUUUAUAAAUACUGUCAGAAACAGAGAAUAUCUGUAGUUAAGAUGUUUAGAUAGAGACCAUUGUUCCAACGAUUAGUGGUUCCAGUUCAUUUACCUGUAAAUAACAUUAGUUACAAAAUGUGCACUAAAGGUGUUGAUGUCUCCACUAUAAUUAUUUGACAAGGUGAAAAGAAAAAAACUUGAUUUCAAUCUGCAGCUUUUUGUUGCUUCCUCAACCAUUUGUUGAUUUAAUGGAUGUUUGUAAAACUGUCACACAAACACCUUAGAUAUUUAAACCACUGCUAUACUUUGAAAGAUGCUUUUAAUAAGCUGGACGGUUGACUGAGGAACUUUGGUCCGUUAUUGUUGUCCUGACUCACUGUAUUUAAGGCUAUGAUGUACCGUGGCAAAAACUGUUUAGUGACAUCAUGCAAUAUGUUGGUUUAAUGACAUCAUGUUUGCAAUCAUCUUCAUUUCAUAGAAAUGCAGCAGCCUGAAAUCUGAACUCACAGCAAACCAAACAGUUACCGAUUCCUCUGCAAAGCUAGCAUCACAGUCUGUAAAACGCUAAAUAGAUGAGCUAAUUAGUAUAAUGCUAAAUGCUAAAACACCUGUUCACCAUCAGGCCGGAAAAGAACCUAGUUUUAUUUGCUGUGACCACAGAAUAACUGAAAAUAGAUGGCUAAUAAACAACCGGCAUUCAGUGAGAUCCUGAUGGCCGGAACGUUUAGUUCACUUAAUCCACCAGAUUAAUUAGUUCAGCUAUUAGCUGAUUCAUUAGCUUUCAAUGGGUUUUUAUGCAAGUAUGAAGCAUACGCAGCAUUGCAGAGAUCAAGAGUGAUGAGUUUAAUGGUUGUGUUUUUGGACUGUGGGAAAGAACCAGGGUACCAGGAGAGAACAAGGGUACCAGGAGAGAACCAGGGUACCAGGAGGGAACCAGGGUACCAGGAGAGAACAAGGGUACCAGGAGAGAAAUGUUGGGUGGGUGUCUUUUCAGCGGGAGCCUCGAUUCUGGACUGAAUAAAUGAACAUUUCUACUGAAAUGUGCAACUAUCAGAAUAACAUCCUGCUGAAAAAUUAGAAAAUCACAUCAUAACUGCAAUGGAGCCUCUCUCCACGCAGGAACGAUGAUGAUAAGUGUGAAUAAAAAAAGUUUCAGGGAAGAUGGAUCUACUUUAACUGGAGAAAUGCAUUUCUUUUAGCAUAAGUUUACUGUCCUCUAAUAUGCUGGAUUAAACAAUAAAAAUGUACUUUGCCAUUCAUCUGUCUUCCUCUCCUACUCAGUUUUUACCAGCAUCUCAUCACUCAUCACCGACCCCACAUUCAUCCAGGUUAUAGAGAUUAAUACAGAUUAAUGCAGGAUUAUGAACCUGCAUUAUGUCUGCAAUAAAGAGUUGCACAGAUUUUUAGAUUAAUUCUGCCCAUGACUGAACCACAGGGGAAGCUUUUAUUCUUUGCUCUCACGAUCAGAUUUACUUUAACUUAUAUUUUUAAUCAUGUGAAGUAUUUAAUAUGUCUUCAGUGCAGGGAAAGUCUUUAUUUUAGUGGUGCUCUGCUUUGAGAUGAAAGAAAUGUAUCUGACUAAGUUCCAGUCUUUUCCACCCGUCUGUCUCCAACGUUUUAGUCAAAGAUGGCCGACUUGUUUAGUUGGAAAAAUAAAGAUGAUUUAAACAUUCUUUUUG